AUCGGGGAGAUCAGAUGAGUCCAGUUUCCAGGAUCCAGAAGAUGAUGAUGUGGUUCGGCUCCAACAUCCGGAACGCUGCCGGGAUGGACACGUCCAACAGGAAAGUCCUGGUUCUGGUGCUGAUGCUGCUGCUGUCCCAGCUGACCUGCGACGCUCACAGCGUGUCCGAGUGCUGCAGGCAGCCCAGUCGCUCGUGUCGCCUCUACGUUCUGCUGUGUCGCUCCGGAACCAAAGGCCUCGGUGGAACCCUGAGCGGAGACGCCUCGGCCGGGAUCCUGACUCUGGGCAAACGGGCCGAGGACGAGCACCGGCUGCAGAACCGCCUCCACCAGCUGCUGCAGGUCUCCAGGAACCAGGCGGCAGGGAUCCUCACCAUGGGGAAAAGAACCGAGGACUGGGUGGAACGGACCAGAACCAGCGUCACCACGCCUUUACCUGUGUGAAAGCAAGUUUACUGGGACUUCAAAUUGAGAUUUGAGUUGAGAAAUCACACCGUUAUUGCAAAAAAUGUACAAUUUUUACUCAUGUAGAAACAAUUUUAGUGAUUUUCUUUGAACUGUGAGUGUGAGAACCUGAAGAAGACUCUGUACAUAAAUGUAAAUGGAUUUGUGAUGUAAUAAAAAAGCUUUAAGA